CGAAAACACGCAUCAAAAUGGCGGACGGUAGCUAAUCGGAAAGAAAACAAAACGCAUUCUGUUCGAAAUCGGAUAAUUAUCAAUAGUUUAAAUCAAUAUUUCAGAUUCUUAACAAUGUCAAUGAUAGCGAAAAAUAGAACAAAAAGCACGUGGACACCACUUUGCAAUGAAGAGACAAAUAAUCAGAUUUUUGAAGAAAGAAAAGUGCUGAUAAACAAAUGGUUUGAAAAGUGGACUCAUGAGCAAAGAAAACAAGUUCUGGAAGAUGUAAUAGGGAAGUCAAAGAUGAAAGAAAAAGCGUUCAUCAGGGAUUUUGUAAAAGAGCACAUUCCCCCACUGAAAAGGGAUUUCACACGCCACUUGCCGAGGGUCAUCUGUAUAUAUAUCUUUUCAUUUCUGGACCCCAGAAGUUUGUGCCGUAGCUCUCAGGUUUGCUGGUAUUGGAAGUACGUAACAGAGCUGGACCAACUCUGGAUGCCUAAGUGCGUGAAGCUUGGCUGGAACCUUCCCAUAAUGCCUGGCCAGUACGAGACCGGCGUGUGGAAGCGAAAUUACAUUGAGAACAUCAGGACGCUCCAGAUCAUGUUCCCAAAGAAAGCCACUAAACUAGACUUCACGAAGAUAGAGUCAAGACGGCCACCAAAGUCUGCCAAGGACAAGGACAAGAAAACCACGCCCUGGCGAGGAUCUGAUCCUGAGCCCAAGGACACAUGGAGGUUCAAUUACCUGGAGAACGACGAUGUGGUUCAAGACGUGAAGGCCUUACGCAAAAAGAAGUCCUACGCACCGGAGGGCAGGGAAAUUAGCAGAAACACUCGCAGUAAAGUGAAGACUGGACAAAACAUACACAACUCAGAGAUCCGACGCUCUCAGUCAUACACUAAAAUAAUCACGUCCCCAGUGAACGAUGCACUAAAUGAUUGGGAUGGACUCAACGCUGCCAUUACCCUGCCACCAGAAGCCUUGAAGGGUGUGACUAGACCCGCCCCUGUACACCCAACAACAUACCUCAGGCCACCAAAGAACAAACCAAUCUCUGCACGGACACCUCGGGACCCCCCAACAACUGAUCUGUUUCCAAAGCAUCCAUGGAAGGUGGAGGACAAAGAAGGCUCAGAUGAUGAACUUUGACCUAGUUUUACCUUGACCCUGACGUUGUUGACCUUUGAUACAGUACUUUAUUUUUUACCUUGACAUAAAUAUAAUUUACCAAUGAUCAAAGUAUGAUUAUGGACCUGUCUAUGAUAUUUAGUGUCUUAGUGUCAUUUGUGUCAUGAAUCUCUUGUCCUAUGCGACAUGCCAGUGUAAUUAAGUGGAAAAUUUCAGUUUACUGGAAAUGAAUUUUUUGAUGAUUGGAUAUUUUGUUUUACUAUCAGAAAAAUGUAAUUUUGAAAAAGAGUAUGUUUAAGAUCCUAUCUGUGAUAUUUGUUCUAUGUUCUUACUAAUGUAAAUGUUCAUAUUGUAGCAAGAAAUAGUCAUGCACACAAGUUUGUUAGUAUUCCCACAGUAUAUAACUUUAUUAUAUGAAAAUAGACCCAUAACAUGUUAAAAAUACGUUCCCAAUGGCGAUGGUAUAUUCUUGUAAAAAAAUAUGUUUGCAUGGUUUAUGAUAACAUGCAAAUAUGUUUAGGGUUGAAUGCAAAAAUAUUGUAUCUGAUGAACAUUUCUGCAUAAGUUACAAUAAUGCAUAAGUUAUAAUAAGAUGUUUAAUGCUAACAUCUCAAAUUUACCAUUCGAAACCGUAUAUUGUGACAGUGUGGUAAAUGAAAACAAAAAAGCAAACUAUGCAAAAGUAAAAAAAUACAUUGAUUGAAAGCCGAAAUAGGAUUAGUUGUAGAUUUGUGUAGAAAAUUAAAAUUGUUUUUAGUGAUUUUUUAAUUUUGAAAAGGAAUUUUACUAUUUAAGUAUUUUUGUGGCGUUUACAUGUGAUGUAAAAAUCAGGUUUCUGAACAAUGUUCAUUUUACAGGAUUUUUUAAUUGUACACUUCAGAUUAUUUUUGACAUAUUUGCAAGGUAGUAAAUAUGGCUUGUGAAAAUUUUAUCAUCUUUAUUUAUCAUGAAUUUGUUUCACUUUUAUAUUGCUAAAUUAAAUGCUUUGUUAUUAUGUUUUGUAUUAAUAUAUAGGAAAAUAGGGAUGGUAGUUAUUGUAUGUGUAUACAAUUUUAGUGUAGCGUAGAUAUAUGAGUUUACAAUCGACAUUAGUUUAAGCUG